UUCUCUCCGUCCAUUUUUCAUACAACUGUUUCGUGGAAAUGAUCCUGUAGGCGAAAUCCACCAAUCAACAAAGAGCUGCAUCAUUCAAACGUAGCGGGCACGACACAUAAUCUACAGUGUCUGCCCCUGCGUCAAACUGUACAACCACUGUAUAUUAUCUGGAUUGUUCAGUAAGCGGCAAGCCGCAUCAGUAACAUCUUCCCUUUAAAUAUCAAUCAACAACAAGCCAAAUCUUGCAAAUAAUAUCGAGCCGGUUUUCAUUUUCAUUUCAAACACUACAAUUCAAUUUAUUUUGAGCAUAAAUAUGGAGAGCCCAUUGCCACAAAUAAUGGAGAGUACUGAUAGUGAGUAUAGACAGCCUAAAGACAGGUUAGUCACCGUACUCGAUCAAAUUGAACUUAGAGUCGAACAAUUGAGACGUGAUGCUCUGAAACUCGAGGAGGAAAAGGAUACAAUGCUAACGACACUCGAUACCCUCAAAAAUAAUGAAAUACUGGGAUUUCUCCAAGACCCUGAUAAGGACGAUGUUUUGCGGUAUGCCGAUCGACUUACCUCGAGAUGUCUUACUAUCGAAGUGAUGGUGAAAGUACAGCGUGAUCCGAUUCAAGAGGAUGCCUUGCAUCAGGUCAAUGGACUCAUCGACAGCUUGGUGAUAAGCUUGAAGACUGACUUAACAUCCACUCGUCAGCGUUGUGCUGCAUUUAUGAAUGCCUGCUCCUCCCAAUCCAGUGGCCACUCAGACAAGAUCUUCGAGUCUGUUAUCCUUGGCUGCACUCUGGAUGACCAAAAGCGCGUCAAAAAGAGACUUCAAGGACUACUUGAUUACAUCGACAAAAUGAACACAAUUGAGAUGCAAUGAGAAUCAAUGCUCUCCUCCAUCGAUGAUUGUGCCUGGCGCAUACAAAACACAUGCAACGCAUUCGAUAGUUUGAAAUAACUGAAACUGAUAUAUAUAUGGGUACUGCAGAUGAAUCAAAUUAUUAUUAUUAUCAUUAUUUCAACGUUUCAAAAAUAGGCGAAAGAUAUUGACUACCGGGAGUCUGAAUUUUUAGGUGAUAGGAAAAAAUAAUCCUGAAAAUUACUACUCCUAGAUUAUUACAUACUAUUGUAUUUACUCUCGAUAUUCACUGAUUUUUCAUCUAUAUGAGCUAUAUGAAUGUGCGUGCUUAUCUUUUUAACGUUUCAUUUAGUUUUUCAUCAAUUCCCAUGUAAAGCUAAUUAUAGGAAUUAAUUGGAAAGAGACUCUCCCAGUUACAUAUGCAUAAUAAAAUUAAACAAAAAAAAAGCUCCAAAUUAAUGGUCAAGUCGACAACUUUUUAUCUCAUUGUUAGCCCUUUUUUGGCUGAACCAUGUUAUUCCAAUCUUUUGUGAUAAGUUGAAAUAAAAACGAAAAAUAUUGAAUAUUAA